AUGCCUGGAUUAGGGAAGAUGUCUCUCGAUAACAUGUUCUGCACUAGAUGUGGAGAUGGAUUUGAACCGAAUGAGAAAAUUGUCAACUCAAAUGGAGAAUUGUGGCACACUAAUUGCUUCGUGUGCGCACAAUGUUUUCGAGUAUUUCCAGAUGGAGUGUACUAUGACUUUGAAGGACGAAAGUACUGCGAACGCGAUUUCCAAGUGCUCUUUGCGCCAUGCUGCGGCAAAUGUCGUGAAUUUGUGAUUGGAAGGGUCAUAAAGGCUAUGAAUUCGAAUUGGCACCCAGCAUGCUUCCGUUGCGAGGAAUGUAACAUGGAGCUAGCUGAUGCUGGAUUUAUUAAGAAUGCUGGUCGUGCUCUCUGCCAUGGGUGCAAUGCGCGUAUCAAGGCUGAUGGCUUGCAGAAUUACAUAUGCCAUAAGUGCCACGGUGUUAUAGACGGCGAGCCUCUACGUUACCGUGGCGAAGUAUACCACGGAUAUCAUUUCAUGUGCGCAACAUGUGGUGUUGAGUUGGAUCACACAGCGAGAGAAGUCAAGAACCGACCCGGAUACGCUGCUAACGAUGUUAACAACUUAUUUUGCCUUCGAUGCCACGACAAAAUGGGUAUUCCGAUUUGCGGUGCGUGUCGUCGUCCCAUUGAGGAGAGGAUUGUGACUGCGCUCGGGAAGCAUUGGCAUGUUGAGCACUUUGUAUGUGCCAAAUGUGAGAAGCCGUUCCACGGGCACCGUCACUAUGAGAAGAAGGGCUUGGCAUACUGUGAGCAACACUAUCACCAGCUUUUUGGUAACCUCUGUUAUGUCUGCAACCAAGUUAUAGCUGGAGACGUCUUCACGGCGUUGAAUAAGGCAUGGUGCGUUCACCACUUUGCCUGUUCAGUUUGUGACACGGCAUUGAGUACGCGUAGCAAGUUCUACGAGUAUGACGAGAGACCAGCGUGUCGCCGCUGUUAUGAACGAUUCCCGGCUGAGCUGCGCAGGCGCUUGCGUCGAGCACAUCACUACACUGUGCGCAGGAAUUAA